CGUUGUUUUAUGGGGUAUUGGAGAAGUUGUUGCGCGCGGUGUCUUGUGGGAAGAGGGAAGGUAGGCCGUGGUGGUAUUUGAAGCGUAAUAAACGGGGAGAACCAUAAGAUUUCAUCAUGACAACUGCAGCCAGGCCUACUUUUGAACCUGCAAGAGGUGGACGAGGAAAGGGCGAAGGAGAUUUAAGUGCUCUGUCUAAGCAGUAUUCAAGUAGGGACCUGCCGUCACACACAAGACUCAAAUACAGACAACCUACCCAAGAUGCCCCAGAGGAAAUUCGCAACCGUGACUUCCGCAGGGAGCUGGAAGAAAGAGAGAGAGUGGCAGCACGUGAGAAAACCAGGGAUCGGCCAGCUCGGGAGCACACCACAUCUUCCUCUUCUUCCUCCAAAAGACCUAGACUAGACCAAAUUCCUGCAGCCAACCUAGAUGCUGAUGACCCUCUAACAGAUGAUGAUGAGGAAGAUGAAGACUCUGAUGACAGUGAUGAUGACACUGCUGCUUUGUUGGCUGAACUGGAAAAGAUCAAAAAAGAAAGAGCAGAAGAGCAGGAACGCAAACAACGUGAGCAGAAAGCUGAAGAGGAGCGAAUUCGCAUGGAGAACAUCCUUAGUGGUAAUCCACUUCUGAAUCUUGCUGGCCAGCAGCAGCAACAGCAGCAGCUCAUUCAGGCACAAAGCACUUUCUCUGUGAAACGAAGGUGGGAUGAUGAUGUUGUGUUUAAGAACUGUGCCAAGGGCGUGGAGGAGUCCAAAAAGGAGAAAAGAUUUGUGAAUGACACCUUACGAUCUGAAUUUCACAAGAAGUUUAUGGAGAAAUACAUCAAGUAAUGGGAUGUGGUUGCCUCAGAGACUGAAUAUUAAGCCAAGAGGAAUGUUCCGCACCCCCACGAUAAACCAUUUUCCUGUGGUACUUGGUUAGCGUACCAAGUCUUUGUACAGCAGAUACAGGACUUCUGGUGCCAAGUCACAGCUGGGCACGUGAACUUUUUUUUUUUUUUUUUAAAUGAGUUCCACAAAUGUGUGAAUACAAAAGUAGGGGGAAGUACUGUGAAUGGUGGGCUGGGUAGGGCUAGGGGGAGAUCUGUAAUUAUGUUGUACAUUGAGGGUAUUGUAUUAAAUGUCAAUGGACUUUUGCUGUU